CAUAAGUGUACGAAUUGAUCUCGCACGGAUUUGGAUUAUUUUUGCAAAAUUGCAACUGUUUGCAAUAUUGUACAUAGUCUGUUUCCGUUUCCUACGGAUAAUACCAACGGUAGUCGAAGCUGAUUGAUUAUAUCCCAAUUUAUUGAAAACCAAAAGUCCAUCCGUAUCAGGUGUGCUGGUAACUUCGCAAGUUUUCGCUGAACAAAUUGUAAGCUGCGAUUACAGAUUUAAAAAACGUUGGAGCAUGACAUGUAACUUUUUAUAUCUGUACAAUGUACAUAUUGGUAGAUUGCACCAGGCAACAAACGUAACAAUGCGUCCAUCUAUCUAUCUAUUGUCAGCAUGUACUUGAGAAAGUAGUCGGUCAACUUGGGGAAGUGGAGAAAAUGAUUAAUACCUGGUUAUAUAGAAUAGAUGCUAUUAUGAUUUUAGUUACGAAUAAAUGGUUGUGAAAUGUUACAAAUAAAUGGUUGUUAUACACUUUGAUCUAUCGUUUCAAUUAAACUGGGACUGAAAACCUUUGUUCCUAGAUAUUGAGUGUCAUUUUGCAAUUUAUGUUUAAAAAAUGUUUAGCCAAAUGCAUUAUUUUGCUGUUAGACUUUAUUGUGGCUAUAGUACUGUCAUUUUGUAGUAACACAUCCUACUAUAUUUCAUCAGUUGACUGUACAAUGACGGUAAAUGUGCCUGGUUUAGUUUCAAUUGUAAUAUUUUACCUUGCUAUUUUGGCGAUUGGAAUAUGGGCAGCAUGGAAAAAUCGAAAUAAAAAAGGGGAAAAAGCGAGUAGAACUAUCCUGAUAGGAAGACGCGAUCUUGGACUGUUACUAGGAUCUUUUACAAUGACAGCUUCUUGGGUUGGGGGUGGAUUUAUCAACGGAACUGCCGAAUCUAUAUACGACCCUCAAUCAGGACUGGUUUGGACUCUGGCCCCAUUCUGCUAUUCUCUUAGCGUGAUUGUCACUGGUCUCCUGUUUGCCAAAAAGAUGAGAGAAGGGAACUACCUGACGAUGCUCGAUCCUUUUCAAAGAAAAUUUGGCAAGCGAAUGGGAGGAGUUUUAUAUUUACCCGCUCUUAUGGGAGAAAUAAUGUACUGCGCUGCAAUACUAUCUGCAUUAGGUGGGACUUUGCUUGUAAUCGUCGAGAUUGAUUUUAGAAUUGCAGUAGUCAUUUCAACUGGCAUAGCACUAACAUAUACGGUAGUCGGAGGAUUUUAUUCAGUCGCUUACACAGACGUCGUUCAGUUAUGUAGCUUAUUUGUGGGAAUGUGGUUGAGUGUUCCAUUUGUCUUGACCAACGACGCAGUAGGAAGCAUAUCGGAUACUGCUUACAGUGGUGAUGGAGGGUGGCUUGGAACAUGGUCAUGGUCAUUUACUGGAUCAUGGAUUGAUACCAUUUUAGUGAUGGUAUUUGGUGGAAUACCUUGGCAAAUUAUGUUUCAAAGAGUUCUUUCAGCUGAAUCACCAAGUUGUGCAAGGUCGAUCUGCUUGAUUGGAGGUUCAUGUGCAGCAUUGAUGGCAAUCCCGUCUGUCUUGAUUGGCGCGUCUGCCAAGUCAACAAACUGGACUAUGACUGACUACAUGAAUGGGACUGGAUUGUCUCCAGCAGAUGCUGGACAAUCUGCAAUGAUACUGCCAAUAGUUCUACAAUAUUUAACGCCGACAGCAAUAGCAUUUGUAGGAUUGGGUGCAAUUUCCGCUGCAGUCAUGUCGUCUGUAGAUGCCACACUACUCUCUGCUGCAAGUAUGUUUACGAAGAAUGUCUACAAUGGAAUUUUCAGAGAAUCGGCAUCAGACAAUGAGCUUCUAUGGAUAAUGAGAAUAUCUGUCGUGAUUUGUGGUAUUGUAGCAACUGUUCUUGCACUUUCAAUACAAUCCGUAUAUAUUUUAUGGUUUCUUUGUUCUGACUUCGUCUACGUGCUACUGUUUCCGCAGUUGCUGUCCGUGAUAUAUUUUGACCCAAAUUCAUACGGAUCAAUUGGUGGACUAAUCAUAGGAGCAGUUUUGAGAAUUGGAGGAGGAGAAGUUCUUCUGAACUGGGCGCCAUUUAUUCACUAUAUCGGCGGAGAUAAUUUUCCGUUCAAAACGUUUUCCAUGAUAAUGUCCCUCACUACAUUAAAUGGGUUGUCUUACAUAGUAAAAAUUAUUUUCCAACAAGGAAUUAUUCCAGAAAAAUAUGACGUCUUUCAUAGCAAGUUUACAAGUGGAGGACGUACAAUAGAAGCAAAAGAAGAAUACGAAAUCAAGCCGUAUUUUUCUGAAACUGCUUCGAAUUGAUGAUGAACUACAUCCCUAACUGACAAACACUGUUGGACAAUGUUACUACGCGUUUGCUCACCACUCAACCUCGCGAUGUUUUGAAGUAUCCAAAUGAAACAUUUGCUCAAUGAGUCGAUUUUGUAUGUGGAGAUGGAUAUGAAUGAAAAUAAUGUACAAAAUCAAACUCUGGUGUUUAAAAUAACGACUUGAUUACUUAGCUAAAUUUUUCAGGCGAAUGACUGACACGACGUCAAUGCUGAAAUAAUCAGAAAAUUUGUUUUCAAGAUUAAUUUAUAAAUUUUGACGUGCUGAUUUCGACUAAGGAGUGCAAUUUUAAAAGAACUUAUUUUCUAAGGCUCGAAUCAGAAAAUAUUUAAAGCCCCUACUUGGAUUCAGAAAUAUAAAACAUCAAAAUUAUGCAAAAAAAUUUAAUAUUUUUUGAUGACGUGAAUCUAUCUAUUUUACAAAAAUGUUGAAGUACAAAUAUUAAUGAUGAUUUGUAGAAAGUCUGCUUGUUUAGUCCAAAUUCAACUUUUAACCCAACUUUUUGCUAUCCACUGAGUCUACUUGAGUAAU